CACGCGCUCCGCUCACGUGACGUUACCCAGCGUUCAGCGGGCGCGCUCACAGAUACAGUCAGAACAUCAAGGAAGAAGAUGCGGGAAGAAAUGGACUGCAAGGUUGUGUUUGCAGCCUUGGAGAAAGUAUGCCAGGACAACAUCUCUGUGUUGUGUGGGCCUUCUGAUUUACCGUACAGCACUGCGGUCGAGCGUCUGGUCUCGUCUAUGAAACAGAUUCAGGAGCACGGCCGCGCCCUGGAGCCUGUGGUCACCAGCUUCACCGCCGUCUAUCACCACUACGACUUUGAUGCUCAAACACCCGGGAACGGCUACCGCACACUGGUCAAGGUCUUGGAGGCGUGCCUUUUGCACGUCAUUCACAAGGCCCGUUACAUUGCCUCCAAUUACAGCAGUCCCUUCUUCAGGGUUGACCACAACGCCUCUGAGAUGGAGGCGUACUGCAGCGCCCUGUGCCAGCUGCGCGCUCUUCUCCAUCUUGCCCAGCAGCUGAUCAACGACAAUGACUGCGGCCAGCUGUACUCCCUGCAGGACGAGGACCUGAGCCGCAGCUUUGUGCAGGAGUACUGCUCCAUGCACAAGGCGUGUUUCUACGGCCGCUGUCUGGGCUUUCAGUAUUCUCCUUCCAUUCGCCCGUUCCUGCAGACCGUUGUCAUAAGUAUGGUUUCAUACGGAGAAACGUUUGGUAAACAGCAGUCUGGCUUAGGUACUGCAGCCUUGUCUCUCCUCACAUCAGGGAAGUACGUUAUGGAUCCAGAGCUCCGGGGCGCUGAGUUUGAACGCAUUACCCAGAAUCUGGACUUGCAGUUCUGGAAGUCCUUCUGGAACCUCACAGAGUCCGGCCUUAUCACAGGCUUCAGCAGAAUAGCCUCAAAACAAGUGCAGGUGAACUUCACCAUGACUGUGCCUCCAGUCACUCUACGCCUUCCUCUGGCCUCCGACCCCCGGCUGACCGUCACCGUGUCACCUCCAAUUGCCCACUGGGGCCCCGGGCCAGUCCACAUGCGUCUGAUCUCCCAUGAGCUUCGAGAAGGACAGGACAGUGAAGAGCUUCUCGCUUUUUCCCGGACUAAACCUCCCCCCAUCUCCACCCAUCUCCCCUGGGUACAGAAGCAGCCUUGCUCCCCCUGGCUUCUCAUCCACUUCCACGGAGGGGGCUUUGUGGCCCAGACAUCCAAAUCCCAUGAGAAUUAUCUUCGGAGCUGGUCGAAGGAGCUGAAUGUCCCGGUCCUCUCCGUCGACUACUCUCUGUCACCUGAAGCACCCUUUCCCAGAGCUCUGGAGGAGUGUUUCUAUGCCUACUGCUGGGCGCUGAAUAACUGUCAUCUGCUGGGCUCCACUGCAGAGCGCGUUUGUCUGGCAGGGGACAGCGCUGGGGGGAACCUCUGCAUCACUGUGUCCAUGAAGGCCAUGUCCACUGGCAUCCGAGUCCCUGACGGCAUUAUGGCCGCCUACCCCGCCACCUUGCUCACCACUGACGCCUCGCCCUCCCGCCUGCUCACUCUCAUCGACCCGCUGUUGCCUUUAGGUGUUCUCACCAAGUGCAUUAAUGCUUACGCAGGUAUAGACUAUCAGACGGUGCAGCCUGCAAUGGGAAGCAGCACUCUGAGCACUCUGGGCAGAGACACCGCCAUGCUGCUCAGUGAUCUCACCCAGGGAGCCUCCAACUGGAUCCAGUCCUUUCUGGACCCGAGGCGUACUUCAGGCGGCACGCUCUCCCGGUCGUCUUCGCAGAGAAGGAGUGAAACCAGUAAGACGUCCACCCAGGCCUCCAUAUCAAACUGUGGAGCUCAGAUUUAUUACCCACAAGGCUUUGAGCCUCUGCGCUCUGAGUCCCUCGCUACGGUUAACCCAACAUCCUGUCCGGUCAUAAGGAAUCCGUUUGUGUCACCCCUGCUGGCUCCUGACAGCAUGCUGAGAGGCCUGCCGCCUGUACACAUAGUGGCUUCCGCUCUCGACGCCCUGCUCGACGACUCCGUGAUGUUUGCCAAGAAGCUGCGAGCCAUGGGCCAGCCUGUGAGCCUGACCGUAGCGGAGGACCUCCCACAUGGCUUCCUCAGCCUAUCCCAGCUUUCCAAGGAGACAGAGGUGGCUGCGGGAGUCUGCAUAGCACGAAUAAGGGAGGUUUUUCAGCAAGAAAACCCACCGCACGCUCUUCGCGAACAGGUGGAAGAGACUUAAACCUGUAUUAGAGUGCCAACCCAUCGGGAUGAUCGAUCAGUCAUUCUCGGGACUUCUGAGUUUAUAAAAAAAAAGAUCUGACAUAAGAGU